AUGGCUGCGAUCAGGGCUCUCAGGAAACUCUGUCAACACUCCCAGCACCAGGCCUGUAAACUGCACGUGUCGGCCUCCAGGCAGGAGGCAGUGGUCAUCUCAGGGAGGAAACUUGCGCGUCAGAUUCGAGAAGAAGCCCGGGCCGAUGUGGAGAAAUGGAUAUCGGCAGGCAACAGGAGGCCCCAUCUCAGUGUGAUUCUUGUUGGAGAAAAUCCAGCCAGUCACUCCUACGUUCUCAACAAGACCCGAGCUGCAGCAGAUGUGGGUAAGUGGAUGAAUGCUAUCACUGAUCCCUCUCAUUACAUCCAAAACCUGGUGGACUAUUAUCUAAAAGGAAUCUCAAGUGAGACAAUUCUCAAGCACUCGGACAUCAGUGAGGAGGAGCUGCUGGACCUGAUCUACAAACUAAACACAGACCAUCGCGUGGACGGCCUGCUGGUCCAGCUGCCUCUGCCAGAGCACAUUGAUGAGCGUACAAUCUGCAAUGCCGUUGCCCCCGCCAAGGAUGUGGACGGCUUCCAUGUGACUAAUGUUGGCCGCCUGUGCCUGGACCAGUCGACCAUGCUUCCUGCCACUCCCUGGGGUAUUUGGGAGAUUAUUAAACGCACAGGAAUUUCUACUUUUGGGAAGAACGUCGUGGUCGCUGGACGCUCCAAGAAUGUGGGGAUGCCCAUCGCCAUGUUGCUGCACACAGACGGCCGCCACGAGAGGCCUGGAGGUGAUGCCACGGUCACAAUCUGCCACCGUCACACUCCGAGGGAUCAACUUUGCCAGCACACUAAGAUCGCUGACAUCAUUGUGGCUGCAGCAGGCAUUCCCAACCUUAUCACGGCAGACAUGAUAAAAGAAGGAGCCGCAGUGAUUGACGUGGGGAUAAACAGGGUGCAGGACCCCGUCACUGGAAAAAGCAGACUGGUUGGAGAUGUGGACUUUGAAGGCGUGAGACAGAAAGCGGGGCUGAUCACCCCUGUCCCUGGAGGCGUGGGACCCAUGACUGUGGCGAUGCUCAUGAAGAACACUAUCAAAGCUGCCAAGAGCGUUCUGCAGUUUCCACCGGAGAGGAUCCGCAUGGCCGCCGUGUCCUAAUGGGCCAGAGUGCAUCCCAGCAGCAGCAACGAAUUCCACCCUCUGCACACCACCACCCCUUAAUAUUUUUACUGGGAGCGACCUGAUGAGCUCCCAUUGCACACACGGACUCUUUUUACCGACGUCGAGUCCAGCCAUUUUCAGCCUGUUACAUUUUAGUCCUGCAGCUGAGUGUUUUAUCUAACAGUAUUUAUCAUUUGCAAUAUGCUUCUGUGAGAUUUUGAAGUUUUUAAGAAAGCUUGAGAUUGUUUUCUAUUUAUUGCUACAGAGAUGCAAUAUUUAAUACACUAUAGGAGUCUUCUGACAGCGUCUCAGCAGACAAGCAGCUACAACUCUGCGGCUGAACACUGCCAUGCUUGUUUUUUAAGUUAGUUUAGGUUCAUUUGCUGAGGACGAUAAAGGAACAUGGAUGUUUAUCUGUAUACAAGCUUUAAAGAUUCACAAUGGCCUUUAUAUUAACUUUAAAAUAAAAAUGACAUUGAUCUUCUCACAUUGAGGCUUUCUCUGUAUAUAAAACUUUUUGACUGGUGGGAAAAUGAGAGACUGUGAUAACUGUCAAUAGUUUGGUAUGAAGAGAUUUUUUGACGCAUCUGAAACUGUUUUUUUGUUAAUUAAACAUGCUGUGCUGUUAGCUGCAUUUACUUUUUAGUGCAUCCACUUUGAUACAUAGAUGACAGACCUCAGGUUAUCAAGCUGUAUAGCAUCUGGUUUGUUUUGGUUGAACAGUCAAAGGUGUCCUGACAGUACACUGUCAGGUCUUUGAAAAUAAAUGAAAACUUCUCACAUAAUAGUAGUUGAUUAUUAUUUCGUACUUAUUUUUUUUUUGUUUUG